UCCAGGCUCGGCGCGCGGCGGAGCUGCGGCUGCUCUUGCUGCUGCGGGAGCGGCGCGGUGGCCGCCUUGCGCCUCCCGGACUUCCCAAGUGGGGGCAGAGCAGCCGCUCGCAGAGCCGCCAGUUAGAAGGCACAGGGAAAGAGGGACCUCCAAACUCCUCCUCAGCGUCUCCUCUCCACCCCCUUUUGGCCCCUGCCCUUGGAGAAAGUGGAGUGUGGCGCUUGGUUAUCUUUAUUUCUUCGAACUGCUUCGCGCUCCGCGGAUUCAGCUGCCGCCCGGUGGGGCUUUCCGCUGUUUGCGCGUCUGUGUGGCUCCCCUCGGCACACCUCUGUCGACGAUGAGGAAAGGUCUGCGGGCGACAGCGGCCCGCUGCGGACUGGGACUGGGAUACGUGCUGCAAAUGCUCGUGCUACCUGCCCUGGCCCUUCUCAGCGCCAGCGGCACCGGCUCGGCCGCUCAAGACGACGAUUUUUUUCACGAACUCCCAGAAACCUUUCCAUCUGAUCCUCCUGAGCCUCUGCCACAUUUCCUUAUUGAGCCUGAAGAAGCUUAUAUUGUGAAGAAUAAGCCUGUGAACCUGUAUUGUAAAGCCAGCCCUGCCACCCAGAUCUACUUCAAGUGCAAUAGUGAAUGGGUUCAUCAGAAGGACCACAUAGUAGAUGAGAGGGUAGACGAAACCUCUGGUCUCAUUGUCCGGGAAGUGAGCAUUGAGAUUUCACGCCAGCAAGUGGAAGAACUCUUUGGGCCUGAAGAUUACUGGUGCCAGUGUGUGGCCUGGAGCUCAGCGGGCACCACAAAGAGCCGGAAGGCCUAUGUGCGCAUCGCAUAUCUGCGGAAGACAUUUGAGCAGGAACCUCUGGGAAAGGAAGUGUCCUUGGAACAGGAAGUCUUGCUCCAGUGUCGACCACCUGAAGGGAUCCCAGUGGCUGAGGUGGAAUGGUUGAAAAAUGAAGACAUAAUUGACCCCGUUGAAGAUGGGAAUUUUUAUAUCACCAUCGAUCACAACCUCAUCAUCAAGCAGGCGCGCCUCUCAGACACCGCCAACUACACUUGUGUCGCCAAAAACAUUGUUGCCAAGAGGAAAAGCACCACUGCGACUGUCAUCGUCUACGUGAAUGGUGGCUGGUCCACCUGGACAGAGUGGUCUGUGUGUAAUAGCCGCUGUGGACGAGAGUAUCAGAAACGCACAAGGACCUGCACCAACCCAGCACCUCUCAAUGGGGGUGCCUUCUGUGAAGGGCAGAGUGUGCAGAAAAUAGCCUGUACCACGUUGUGCCCAGUGGAUGGCAGGUGGACCUCAUGGAGCAAGUGGUCUACUUGUGGGACCGAGUGCACACACUGGCGCAGGAGGGAGUGUACAGCACCCGCCCCCAAGAACGGAGGCAAGGACUGCGACGGCCUUGUAUUGCAAUCCAAGAACUGCACGGAUGGCCUUUGCAUGCAGAGUUUCAUUUAUCCUAUUUCAACUGAACAGAGAACCCAGAAUGAAUAUGGAUUUUCUUCCGCCCCUGAUUCAGACGACGUUGCUCUGUACGUCGGCAUCGUGAUCGCGGUGAUCGUGUGCCUGGCCAUUUCUGUGGUUGUCGCCCUGUUUGUGUAUCGGAAGAACCAUCGAGACUUUGAAUCUGAUAUCAUUGACUCUUCGGCGCUCAACGGAGGCUUUCAGCCCGUGAACAUCAAGGCAGCGAGACAAGAUCUCCUGGCGGUCCCCCCAGACCUGACAUCAGCUGCGGCCAUGUACAGAGGACCUGUCUAUGCCUUGCAUGACGUCUCAGACAAAAUCCCAAUGACCAACUCUCCAAUUCUGGAUCCGCUUCCCAACCUGAAAAUCAAAGUGUACAACACCUCAGGUGCUGUCACCCCCCAAGAUGACCUCUCUGAGUUUGCAUCAAAGCUGUCCCCUCAGAUGACCCAAUCCUUGUUGGAGAAUGAGGCCCUCAGCCUGAAGAAUCAGAGUCUAGCAAGGCAGACUGAUCCAUCCUGUACCGCGUUUGGGACCUUCAACUCCCUCGGAGGUCACCUUAUUGUUCCCAAUUCAGGAGUAAGCUUGCUGAUUCCCGCUGGGGCCAUUCCCCAAGGGAGAGUCUACGAAAUGUAUGUGACUGUACUCAGGAAAGAAAAUAUGAGGCCACCCAUGGAAGACACCCAAACACUCUUGACCCCGGUGGUGAGCUGUGGGCCCCCAGGAGCCCUGCUGACCCGCCCCGUCAUCCUCACCAUGCAUCACUGCGCAGAUCCCAGUACCGAGGACUGGAAGAUACAGCUCAAGAACCAGGCAGCACAGGGGCAGUGGGAGGAUGUGGUGGUGGUGGGAGAAGAGAACUUCACCACCCCCUGCUACAUUCAGCUGGACGCAGAGGCGUGCCACCUGCUCACCGAGAACCUCAGCACCUACGCCCUGGUCGGCCAGUCCACCACCAAAGCGGCCGCAAAGCGCCUGAAGCUGGCCAUCUUCGGGCCCCUCUGCUGCUCCUCCCUGGAGUACAGCGUCCGAGUCUACUGUCUGGACGACACCCAGGAUGCCCUGAAGGAAGUUUUGCAGCUUGAGAGACAGAUGGGAGGACAGCUCCUGGAAGAACCCAAGGCUCUUCAUUUUAAAGGCAGCACCCACAACCUGCGCCUGUCGAUUCACGACAUCGCCCAUUCCCUCUGGAAGAGCAAACUGCUGGCUAAAUAUCAGGAAAUUCCUUUCUACCAUAUCUGGAGUGGGUCUCAACGAAGCCUCCACUGCACAUUCACUCUGGAAAGAUUCAGCCUGAACACGGCGGAGCUGGUGUGCAAACUCUGCGUGCGGCAGGUGGAAGGAGAGGGGCAGAUCUUCCAGCUGAGCUGCACCGUGUCUGAGGAACCUACUGGCAUCGAUUUGCCUCUGCUGGAUCCAGCGAGCACCAUCACCACCAUGACAGGACCCAGUGCUUUCAGCAUCCCUCCCCCUAUCCGGCAGAAGCUCUGUAGCAGCCUGGAUGCCCCACAAACGAGAGGUCAUGACUGGAGGAUGCUGGCCCAUAAGCUAAACCUGGACAGGUACUUGAAUUACUUUGCCACCAAAUCGAGCCCAACUGGCGUAAUCCUGGAUCUUUGGGAAGCACAGAACUUCCCAGAUGGAAACCUGAGCAUGCUGGCAGCUGUCUUGGAAGAAAUGGGAAGACAUGAAACAGUAGUGUCUUUAGCAGCAGAAGGGCAGUAUUGACCCACGCUUGGACUGAAAAUGAAGGACAAGAAUGCACAGGGAGUCUGUGUCCGUCUGGGGGAUCACAGCUGAGGAGGAGAGGCAGACCAGACCAAUGAGCUUCACAGGCGACAUGGCAGCAGGAGAGAGGACAACAGACACAAUGACCGAUAUACACGCCCACUUUACUCGGACAUCGUCACGGGAGUUAAGAAUUGUGUAAAUUUGUACCUUGAAUUUAGAAAUCAACCUAAUUUUCCUCUUAGUUGGGCUGUAUGCUGUGUGGUACAGGAUCUUACAGUUUCCUAGGAAACGCUUUUUAUUGCUAUCCAGAUAUAUGGAUAAACUUUCUUAACAAACCCAAUUUCUACAAACGUUGUUUACAUCAAAUUGGACAGGGAUGCAGACACUGUCCAUGGCUUGUUCUAUUUUUGUUUAAAUCGUUUGAAGUUGAAGCUGUGGACCGUUUGUUGUGUCUAUUUCAGAUUAGUAAUUUACAGAGAAGUCACAGACUUUUGCUACAAAUCACGUGCAUCAAGUGUCUCAGAUAAUCCUCCCAUUGGUGUUCUGUUUCCAGAACUUGUAGAACCAGUGUUAUUCUUUGUAUCAGGGAAGUGGAGAAUCUAAGUGUGAAGGAGAAAUAACUGACUCCUUAUUCCUGGCG